AUGAAGAGGUUCUUCAUUGCUGACGAUGACACUUUGGGGGCGUACGCGGAGCUCGAUAUGAAGCAAUUCAGCGAUGCGCUGAGGUCAGUUCUGCCCGAUAUCGAGGACCUGACGGAUGAAGACCUCGGGCUACUCUUCAUGAAGAUCGACGCCAACGGUAGCGGAGACGUCGAUUGGGAUGAAUUCACUGGCUUUCUAUUGCAGCUGGACGAGGGCAAUCGCAACAUGGCGGCGGCCGCACACAUGGUGGACCUAAAACCACUGCCCAGGAAUCAGCGGGCGGGGGCCGAUGAGCACGCAGGGCAACACCGAGAUAUGAUCGAAAAGGUGAUCAACGUCGAACGGCCAGGCAUUAGUGCGUACCUGACUUGUGGCAGGGACGGCGCCAUCAAGUUCUGGAACAAGGGUACCUUUGCCCACUACCGUACCAUCCGGCAUCUCGACACAAUGAAGGCCGCGUACGAAAUCAUCAUCACGGGGGGUAAAGGCAGGGAGGUGGACGGGAACGGACGAAGAGUCUGCUCGGCGGAGGUUAACAGAGCCGUCAAAUCGAUGAAGUCUGCCUGGGUAUACGACAUCCAACAGAUGCCCCUCUCGAACAGAAUCGCGGCGGCUUGUUUCGACCGAACCGUGAGCUUCUACGACGUUCUCACGGGGGAGUUCGUUUGCCGGAUCGGUGGCCUGCGCUCGUCCCCUACUUGCGUGGACUGUGUCGAGAUUUCAGCCUGA